AUGUCCAAUCCGCCGAAAGCCAAGAAGCUGCCUCAACUAUCCACCGAAGAAUUGCAGCAGAGGUACAAUGCGAUGCAAAAUGACCUGCAGAACCUUGCAGGCAAGAUCGGUGAAUUGGAAUCAGAGGCUGAUGAGCACAGCUUGGUUUUGACGACACUCGAAGAAGUACUAGCUGAAGAACCCGAUCGCAAAUGUUUUCGUUUGAUCGGCGGCGUGCUUGUAGAAAGGACAGUAAAAGAUGUUGUUCCUGCUUUGCAGACCAAUCGCGACGGGAUACAAAAAGUGAUCGCGAAUCUGUCAGAGCAAUACAAAACGAAAGAGAAGGACUUUGACACUUUCAGGACGGAUUACAAGAUUCGUGCGCCUCGACUAUCGCUAGGCUUGCUGUUUGAGCUCGCCCCCAUCCACUCUUUUGUCAAAGACAUGGCUUUCAACGCCCUUUCGCUCGUUCUCUGCUUCAUCAGCCUCUUCGUGGUGGCAGGCGCCUCCUUCCCACACGGACUCGGUGACUUUAAGCCUCACCGUCGUGCAGCCCCUCAGGCUUCGAUAUGGCUCGCUACGCAUAACGCAGUACGCGAAGAACACGGCGCACAACCACUUUCGUGGUCCCCCUUCCUUGCAGCGAAGGCCCAGGAAUGGGCCAGUCAAUGCGAGUUCAGAAACACCCAAGGUGUUCUAAGUUCUACUCCUUAUGGAGAGAACAUUGUGGCAGGAACUGGCGCGUUCCCAAUCUACGCUGCCGUCGGCCAAUUCACCAAGGAUGCUUGCAAGUCUCUCACUGUCCGUCUUCUGAAGUCUCCACUAACACAUGAUGCAGCUUCAUAUAAUCCCCAGUUCCCCAACUACAGCCACUUCACACAGGUGGUGUGGAAGUCAACCACAGAGCUAGGAUGUGCGACAGCCCAGUGCGACGGUAUCUUCGACGCGCGGCUGGGAAAAGCAACCUUGCAUGUUUGCCUCUACAAUCCAGUUGGAAACGUCGUUGGCGAAGCACCGUAA